GUAUUAUUUACCCAAGAAGUACUACAGCAUGAUCAUUUGUUGGCACCCAGGGUAUGGUUUGGAUCACUAGGGCUUAAGCAGAGAGAGAGAGAGAGAGGAUCCAUUUUCAAUGGCUUCUUCCAUCUCAAGAAGACUCUGCCGCUCUCUCUUCUCAAACCCCACUUUCAAACUCUCUACUCCUCAGCAAUCCACGCGCUUCUUCUGCUCAGCCCUCUCAUCCCCUGAAAACUCCGACUCCGACAAUUCCACCGUCGAACCACCAGACCCGACUCCCGACUACGACUCCCACACCUCUCCUUCGGACUCCUCCCAACAGCAAGCCUUCUACGACCGCCCUCUCGAAAACGGCUUAGACCCCGGCAUUUACAAGGCAAUAUUGGUAGGCCAGGUGGGGCAGAUACCGAUACAGAAGAGGCUGAGGAGUGGAAGGACAGUGACGUUGUUGUCGGUGGGGACCGGUGGGAUAAGGAACAACCGCAGGCCAUUGGACAAUGAGGAGCCGAGGGACUAUGCGAACCGGUGUGCAGUUCAGUGGCACAGAGUCGCUGUUUACCCCGAGAGAUUAGGGGCCACUGCUAUGAAACAUGUUGUUCCUGGUUCGAUUUUGUAUUUGGAGGGAAACUUGGAGACUAAAAUCUUCACUGAUCAAGUCACUGGUCUCGUACGACGUAUAAGAGAGAUAGCCAUCCGUCGAAAUGGCAGGCUGGUGUUUAUAGGCAAGGGUGGUGAUGAUGCUGAGCAACCAACACCGACGAAUUUGAGAGGAGUUGGCUAUUACUGAAAGCAUCAGAUUUGGAACUAAGAGCAGCUGAUAAAUUCUCCAAUAGGAGGACUUCCUUUGACAUUGUUAUCAUGUCCUCUUAUUGCCCUGUAAUGGUCAGUUCGAAUGGUGGCAGAAAUGUUGCCUCGCCCAAACAAAGGGGUAAAUCCUUUGUGUAUGCACUAUUCUUAUUUGGUCUUGUGGUUUUUGUGUAUCUUGUUACAGAGACCGGCAACAAAGCAGAUUCAUUUCCGGUAAUUACAAUGGUUUUCCAGUUAA